CAUACACGCCUUCUUUUGACAGCGUCGCUGUCGCUCUGACAAGUAGUGUUGAAAUGCGCGCCAAUGAAAACGUCGAUUUUAACGCUGCACAGCACUAAGAGACUUGUUAUGUUGGCUGUAAUGCAUAAAUUGUUUACGUUCAGUCGAUUUAGGACCUGUAAGGACUUAUGCAAUAGCGCACAGAAAUUUUCUUUGAGUGCAGUACAUUAUGCGGAUACUACAGACAGUAAAGCACCCAGCAUACUGGUCGAAAAAGAUGCCAACAUCACAUUAAUCGGAAUCAAUAGGGAGCAGCAGCGCAAUUCUAUUGAUGCAGCCACCGCAGCGCAGCUAAGCCAAGCCAUUCAUCAAUUUGAGGCGGACGAUACGUCACCUGUGGGCGUGCUGUACGGCGUGGGUGGAUCUUUCUCAGCUGGCUAUGAUCUGAAAGAGCUGGAGGCGGAGGCGCAACGCGGCAGUCUCGACUUUCUGUUGCGUCGUGAGGGUUCGGUGGGUCCGACCAGGCGGCACCUACGAAAACCCAUUAUAUGCGGCAUCAGCGGCUUUUGUGUGGCCAGCGGCCUCGAAUUAGCACUGCUCUGUGACCUGCGCGUCAUGGAAGAUACCGCCGUCGUAGGCUUUUUCAAUCGUCGCUUGGGUGUGCCGCUCAGCGAUGGCGGCACUGUGCGUCUGGCAGCUGCAGUUGGUUACUCGAAUGCUGUGGAUAUUAUAGAGACGGGUCGGCGAGUAUACGCAAAUGAAGCGCUGCGCAUUGGUCUGGUCAACCGAAUUGUGGCCACAGGUACAGCACUGGGUCAGGCCGUCAACUUAGCCUUUUCCAUAGCCAAGUUUCCCAUGGCCUCACUGCUGCAUGAUCGAAAUGCAACAUUGGAUAAUGCGAAUGUCUACGCCCGACCCGGUUUCUAUGCAGCCAUCAACAAUGAGAUAAUGCAAGUCUCUGCGGCCAUGGUGGCGGACAUGCAAGAGGGCGUCAAACGUUUCAAGACUUCUGAAACAAAAGGUCCCAAAACGAAUGCCUGGCACAUUAAGGAGAAGUCCAUACCCGAUUGGGAGAAAGCUGAAAUCGAAAUAGAACAACAAAAGGAAAAGACAUAAAACAUAAGCGAAUAAAUGUUCACAAUUCAAUCUCUUGUAUUAUAUGUAAA